AUGACCAAAGUUCUUAUUCUCGGAGCCACUGGCUAUGUCGGCAAGAGGCUCGCCGAAACGCUGGUGCGCAGCGGACAGCACAGAGUAUAUGGCAUUGCUCGUUCCGAGGCCAAGGCCAAGACUCUGGCUCUCGCCGAAGUUAUACCCAUCAUCUGCCCUGAUCCGGUAAAUGAACCGAAGGCUUAUAUGGAUGCUGUUCGCAAUCACCAUAUCGAAGUCAUUGUCGACGUUGCCGGCGCCUAUCAAGAAACAGCCAAGUUUCUCAGUCACGCCAAGGAGAUCAGCCAAGAACGCUUGGAUAGCUACGCCGCUGCGGGUGUCAAAGGCCCUAAACUCGGUUUCAUUUACUGUUCAGGCACUUGGGUCCAUGGAUCCAGCAAUACGCCACUGACCGAUCUCGAUAUUGUCGGUCCCACUGCAGUUACCCCUCCAAGAGCUCUCGUUUCAUGGAGAGUUGGCCUCGAAAACACCAUCUUGUCUGCUUCUGACGUCCUCGAUGUUGCCAUAUUGAGACCAGCAUUGAUCUAUGGCCAUGAAAACACCAUCUGGACUCCAUUUAUCCUCCCACUUCUUGAAGCAGCACGGAGUGGUGGCCCAGAAUCCGUUAAUAUUCCUCUAGAGGCCGAUUCUAGACCAGCGCUCGUUCAUGUAGACGAUGUGGCGACUGGCUUCCAGAAGGCUAUUGAGAAUCUAUCACUCAUUAGCAACGGUUCUACUUAUCCAGUGUUUGAUCUACUCACUAGUCAAGAGAGCAUGUCGGAGAUUUUCGCGGCCAUGGCUUCUAGCUGGGGAUAUAAAGGAAAAUGGACGCUGGUUGGAAGCGGAGACGAUUUGUUUGCAGAAGCCAUGAGCACGACUCUGCGUGGAUCAUCAUCUCGAGCGAAGCAAUUGUUGGGCUGGGAGCCUACAAGGACAAACGGUUUUGUUGCAGACAUGGAUCUUUACGCAGCUGCAUUUGCCUCUCAACACUGA